AGUCUCAAAUCGAAACUAGAGCCGAAUGUUUAAAUGGAUGAAGUAACCACGAUGACCGUCCCACCACCACUGCAGGCUGGGAAGAGUCCGAGCCAAGGUGCUCGGCAGACUGUGUCAAUCCGGGCAGUUUCCCCACCUUCAGCGCCCUCGGAGGCCGGAGCAACGGUAUUCGUUGGAAUUAGCGCUCCUGCAGAUCCAGCCUCAACCUGGAGGAUCCCGGAAGUGCAAUCGUCGAAUGGCUACGAGGCGCAGAGCAGCCAGGCGGCUCACGUAGUGAAGAUCAAGAUAAAUCCGGACGAGAACGGAAAGGUGAUAUCGACUGUGCGUCUUACCCUAGACGAAGGUACCAGGAACGAUAACAAUAACGAUAUCAGUAACGAAAGUUUGACCACGAGGGACGGUUGUGUGGUGGUGAGUGCGACGAAUGUGGCGAACAGCGAGCGAAGUAGUGAGGGCUGUGUGCGUAUAAGUGUCGGUAGUAACGAGAUCGAGCACCAUCGCGAAGACAUGGUCCAGCGUGGUACCGCCGAGACGCUGAACUCAUCAUUGAACAGAUCGAACGCUUGUUUCUAUUACGGAUCCUUCCAGAACCCACUGAGCGCCAUGGUCAUGUCCAGCGGCCAGUGCUCGCCCAGCGACACCCUGGACAGUGGCACCUGCAGCGACCUGGACGGUACUCCGCCGCCUCUGCCCAAGAAGAAGAGUGCGAGUACCGUUAUACUUGGGACUGGACAGCACAAUCGUACCGGAAGCCUUACGAGCAGCGGGGCGGAAGUUGACAGUGAUGACAACGAGAGCAACAUCAGCUGCGACUCCUUGAACAGCGGGGAAUUAGGAAUUCCAAGCAACCUCGACCACGUAGCCGACAAGGACGCUCAUCAAGGAUUCCACCCCGUCUCGAGGGAUCAGAUCAGCGGAUCCAAGGAGCCAGAGCCUGCGGAUGACGUUCGAGAGGUAUCUACCAACCUGGAAUGCGUAACCCUUAAUGGUAGAAGUGCUGGCUACUCAUCCGCAGAGAUAGAUUCGAAUUCCUGCUCCACGAGAGGCUCGCCCAGUGUCUCGCCGUCACCUUCGGGUACCUCGUCCUUGUCGAAGGCCUCGACGACUCCCAGGGUCAGGAGUCCCGACCUCAUUGAGAACAAAAGACUAUCGCCCGUCGUCAAGGAAUGCACGUACGAGGAACGUAAACGGGAACAGGAGAGACUGGAGAAGGAAUACGCGGCUGCUGAUUUUUAUGCGAAUUAUAAUCGCACCAAUGGAAACAAGUACCUAUACGACGACGAUCGGUUUUACAAGUUUCAUCUGAACGAGCAUCGCCGGGACGACGAGGACAAGCCUAAGGAACCGGGCCUCGAGGAGAAAGAGGAUGGCGAAUACUUUGCUGGAUAUCAGAUCCUCGACCGAGAAGCCAUACGUAGUGCCAAGGGAACCGUACGUGGUGUUAAGAACAGAGUACGAGCCGGAAUAGCAACUUUCCUCCAGAAACCAUCCUCCAAGAACUACAAGGCGAAAGACGCGGGAAAAGUUGUGGUCUACACGACGACAAUGGGAAUCGUGAGGGAGACUUAUUACGCCUGUAUGAAGGUCAAGCAAAUCCUCAGGACACAUAUGGUCAAAUACGAGGAACGAGACAUGUUCAUGAGCGCAGAAUCUCAGACUGAAUUAAGAGACCGUAUUGGAUGCACGACCAUUCAAGUACCACAGUUAUUCAUAGAUGGCCAAUACAUUGGGGAUGCAGACGCAGUUGAACGACUUAACGAGUCGGGUGAACUUCGACGCAUGCUUAAGCCUUAUAAGAGUGCGGACGCGUGUACUACCUGUAAAAUUUGUGGUGGCUAUCGACUUCUACCGUGUCCAGUUUGCAACGGCAGCAAAAAGUCCGUUCAUCGCAACGACUUCACCACGGAAUUCGUCGCCCUGAAGUGUAUGAACUGCGACGAAGUGGGAUUGGUCCGUUGUCAGCACUGUUAAUGGGAAUUCAUAAUCGCCGGAACGUACACCACCUGCUCAACUUCAUCAUACGGUCUAACCUACAAAACUAUUAACUUAUAUUUUAUUUAAGAUAAGGUGCUACGAGAGUAUACAUUACGCAUAUGAAAACAAAAAAAAAAGAAAAUUAACUAACCGCAUCAUGCUCGGGAAAUGACUAAUUGAAAAAGGAGGGAUUAAGGUCUGCGCCAGUCCUUUUUUCUUUUUUAGGUGUACCGAAAGAACAUACCUACUAUACGUCGAGGAUGCUUGAGCAUCGAAUUGUACAAUAAAGAUCAAUAAAGCCGUUUAAAGUUUUGUAAGUAAA